AUGGCCAGCACCGGCGACCACAAUGCUUUUUAUGACGACCAUGGUGAUUCGUCAAUCAUCUCGACCCGUGGCUUUGAGGCUUUUGGCCGCAAAGUGACGACCACGGCCAGUCAACUGAUGGGUCCCCUCUCCGACCCUACGAGCCACCAGCACUACCAGUCCGCCAUGGGCGAGGUGACCAAGCAGCUGCGGAGGCCGACCCUGCAGCGGAGUAUGUUUUCCAGGGCACGGACAACACCGACCGAUCUUGUGCGGUCAAAGCUUUCUACGACAGAGAUACAGCAGCGGGCACUCUCAUACGUCCCAGACGCCUUGCUCAGGGACAUCCCAGAGGAUGAUAACUCUUACUCGUUGUUCCAGGGUUUCAAGGCCAGCUUCCCGGAUUUCACCGAGGAUGGGAAGAAGCACAGGAGAAGGGUCUCGAGGGGGCGAAAACUGAUCGAGGAUACACGGGUCGACCCCAACAGCCCGCAGGCUGUACAAAAGCUGCAGAAGGAAAAGGCUGCCAUGCUGCACGAAUUCGAGAUGCUGGGCGUGCGGAAAAACAUGGCAAGCAGCGAGAUCCGGGAAAUCGACAACAAAAUAGCGAAUCUAAUGGGAAUGCGCAAAAUUAUCCUAGAGAGGCUGGCAGGCUUCGAACAGGACGAGGCGGUGCUGGAACACGACAUUAUGGAUGUUGAGAACCGUUUAGAGGAGGCUGAAGAGCUGGCCGCAGAAGCCGAAUCUGUGGCAGCCCUCACGCCCACCAAAGGCAGCGACGCUGGGGAAGACGAUGCGGACUUGGGAUUCAUGUCACAAUCGAUAUACGAGAAGCUUCCCUCCGCUCAUAGCACGCCGACCAAGUCCAAGAAGCCGAGGAGUUUGCGGAGGAAGUCGAUGCCGAUCCUGCAUGAGCAUAUCGAGCCCGGCACCUCUAUCCGCGAGAUCCGCGCACACCAGGACCCCGUCACAGCCAUGGACUUCGACGCCCCCUUUGGCACAAUGGUAACUUCUGCUCUGGACGACACUGUAAGGGUCUGGGACCUGAACGCCGGACGCUGUAUUGGAGCCCUUGAGGGCCAUACGGCCUCCGUCCGAGCCCUGCAGGUCGAGGACAAUAUCUGUGCUACGGCAUCGAUGGAUGCUACGAUCCGUCUGUGGGACCUCAGCAAAGCCCAAUACGACCCUCUUGGCGGCCAGCUCGACCAGGGUGAAGACGAAGACGGCAUGGCCUUUGAGAAUCCGGAGGACCAGCCGGUAGACCCACCCGAGGGUAGCAUGGACGGCUGCGCCCUAACGACAUUGCAAGCACACAUGGACGAGGUCACUGCUCUCCACUUCAGAGGCAAUGUCCUGGUAUCUGGCUCAGCUGACAAGACAAUUCGACAAUGGGACCUCGAGAAGGGGCGAUGCGUGCAAACUCUCGACGUGAUGUGGGCUGCUGCCCAGGCCUCGGUCACACUGGGCGAAUCUUCCUGGAAAUCAACAAGUCGCGCCCCUGUACCAAACGCCGACUUUGUUGGUGCACUGCAGGUCUUUGACGCUGCGCUCGCAUGCGGAACAGCGGAUGGUAUGGUCAGGCUUUGGGAUCUUCGUAGUGGUCAAGUUCACCGGAGCCUGGUUGGCCACACUGGACCCGUAACAUGCCUCCAGUUUGACGAUGUCCAUCUGGUAACAGGAAGUCUGGACCGGAGUAUUCGAAUAUGGGAUCUUCGAACUGGGUCAAUUUAUGAUGCAUAUGCUUACGACCAUCCCGUCACGGCCAUGGCGUUUGACAGCCGGAGGAUAGUCUCGGCCGCGGGUGAGGACGUGGUCAAGGUAUACGACAAGCUGGAGUCCCGCCAGUGGGACUGCGGCGCGGGCGUGAAGGCUGCUGAAGAGGGCAAGGCACCGCCAGCCACGGUUGCACGCGUAGCCCUGCAGGACGGCUACCUGCUCGAGGGUCGCCAGGACGGUAUCGUUGGCGUGUGGACUUGCUAG